AUGGGUAAACGCAAGAAGUCCUCUCGGAAGCCGCAAGGACCGAAAAAGAAAGAGCCUCUUCCGACGAAUUUCCCAUGCCUUUUCUGCAACCACGAGAAAUCUGUCUCCGUCAAGCUAGAGAAGAAAGCCGGCAUCGGCGAACUCUCUUGCAAAGUCUGCGGUCAGCAGUUCCAAACUGGAAUAAAUUACCUCUCUGCGGGGGUUGACGUGUAUUCUGACUGGAUAGAUGCUUGCGAUACGGUAGCCAAAGAAGCAGCCGAUGCCCCAGCCGUUGAUGACGGUUUCAAUUCCUAUCAAGACUUAGCAGCAGGCAACGAGCGAAGAAAUUCAGAAAUGAACGUCGACAGGCAUUUGGUCGCAGCAGUUGGAGGUAGUGAAUAUGGUGGAGAUUUUAUUGAUGAUGACUAG